UGAUUCAAACAACACCUUUCACCAUGGCAACAACAGGCAUGCAGUUGCUGGGCCUUAUCAUGUCCAUUGUGGGCUGGGUGAGCGGGGCGAUAGUCUGUGCCAUCCCCCUGUGGCGAGUCACUGCCUUCAUCGGUAACAACAUAGUGACAGCUCAGAUCAUUUGGGAAGGCCUUUGGAUGACUUGCAUUGUGCAGAGCACAGGUCAGAUCCAGUGUAAAGUGUAUGACAGCUUGCUGGCUCUUCCAAGUGACAUGCAGGCUGCUCGAGGCCUCACCGUGUUUUCCAUCCUGAUCUGUGGCCUGGCUCUGGCUCUGGGGGUCCUAGGAGUCAAAUGCACUAAGUGCAUCGGUGUAAACAGCGUCAAGGCCCGUAUUGCUCGCAUCUCCGGUGCCCUUUUUGCCAUCGCAGGGUUCCUCUACCUUGUGCCUGUCUGCUGGACUGCCCACUCCAUCAUCAGGGAUUUCUAUGAUCCACAUGUGGCGGCCCCACACAAGCGUGAGCUUGGCCCUGCCCUUUACAUCGGCUGGGGGGCAUCAGCCUUGCUCCUCAUUGGGGGAUCUCUGCUCUAUGCUGGGUCAAGUCCCCCUGGCAUCCCAGGCUCUCCCACCUUCAGCAGUGGAGAAAGUAGUCCUCGCAGGGCACCUGCCUCACAAGUCAAAGGUUAUGUUUAAGUUUCCAGAUUAUCUCAAUGCCUUCAAGUCCCACAAAUACACCCCAAACGAUUCCUCUCCUUUUGAUUUUGCUUCUUGUAAUUAUUUUAUAUUUAAUGUUAUUCCAGUUUGCUUUUUUCUCUGAAAAGCCGCAGGAGGCUGUUUAGGGAAAAUUGAACUCAUUUCAUUAUUUCAUACCUGAUCUCCUCCAAUAACCUGUUUUCUCCGUCUGUCUGUGUAAAAUACAAUAAAAUGUCUUCCAAAUCCUCUUCUGAGGGAAAA